AUGUACAAAAUUAUCGGAUGGAACUGGAUACUGGUGUUCAUUGGUAUCAUUGGAGCCAUGGGUGCUGGUGUUAUUCCAUUGUCUUUCCAAUUUCUUAUCGGAGAUCUCAUUAACGUUUUUACACCUGUCCGUGCAGACGGUUCAUUGGUGCCGCCACAAGAAAUGAAAGAUGGUGUCUCCAAGUAUGCCUCCUAUUUUGCAAUUAUUGCUGCUGGUGCAGCUGUUGCAAACUUUUGA